AUGUGAUCAGAGGCCGACGCCAGCUGAAAGAGCAGCAUGCAGCGCCAGAACUGCUGGACAGGUUCUCCGAAGUCGAGGGGCCUCUGCUGCCCUUGUGGCCUGUGGGCACCACCCAUCGAGGAGGAAUCAGCUGUGGCACCAGAGCAGCUGACUCCCCUCGCUGAGUCCACAUUCUCUUCAGGGGCCAUUCAGCCGAGCCGCUACCACACCCUGCAGGUCAGGAGGCCGAAGGUGGAAAGGCCACGGAGGAACAGUGAGCCGCUGAGAGGAAGAAGCUUUGACACUGGACACCAGUGGAGAAGCGGCCUUCAGUUUGGAAUGGCGACGUCCUACCUGAACCUGGAGAAGCUGGGAGAUGGCGCCUACUCGACAGUCUUCAAAGGCAUAAGCCGGAUCAACGGGCAGCUUGUGGCAUUAAAGGUCAUCAGGUUGAAGACUGAGGAGGGUAUCCCCUUCACCGCCAUUCGAGAGGCCUCCUUGCUGAAGGGUCUCAAGCAUGCCAACAUUGUUCUUCUACACGACAUCAUCCACACCAGCGAGUCCCUGACCUUCGUCUUUGAGUAUGUGCAGACUGACCUGGCACAGUACAUCACUCAGCACCCGGGAGGCUUGCGCCCAAGCAACGUGAAGCUUUUCAUGUUCCAGCUCUUCAGAGGACUGGGGUACAUCCAUCAACAGAGGAUUCUGCACCGGGACAUCAAACCCCAGAACCUUCUUCUCACUUACCUGGGUGAACUGAAGCUGGCAGACUUCAGUUUGGCCCGCGCCCAGUCUGUUCCUAGUCAUAACUACUCCUCUGAGGUGGUGACGCUCUGGUACCGGCCGCCCGAAGUCCUGCUCGGGUCCACAGACUACUCUGCUGCACUAGAUGUCUGGGGUGCAGGCUGUGUGUUUGUCGAAAUGCUCGAGGGAGUCCCAGCAUUCCCAGGAACCACAGAUGCCUGUGAGCUGCUGCAGAUGAUCUGGAGGGUUUUGGGUGUUCCAACAGAAGACACCUGGCCAGGAGUGAGCCGGCUGCCCAACUACCGAGCAGGAUGGCAUUCACUCCACUCACCUCCAGAGCUGCGGGACACCUGGCCAAGACUUGGGAGGCUGUCCAGAGUGGCCGAGGAUCUGGCCGGGCAGCUGCUCCGGUGUGCCCCUAAGGACCGGCUGUCGGCGGCCGAGACCCUCAGACAUGGGUAUUUCAGCUUGUUGCCCCCAGUGCUGUUGCAGCUGCCAAAAGAGGUGUCCAUCUUCACUGUCCCUGGAGUGCGGCUGGAGGAAGAGGAGGAGGACGUUCUCAGGCUGAAGAAGAACAAGAGGAGCAGAAAGCAGCAGUGACUCCGCCACUUUCAAGUGGUCAACACUCCAAACAGAAGACAACAGAAGAGCCACUGACCUCGGUGGGCACCACCAUCAGAAUUCAUUAAAGGUGACGUCGUCCACUUUGA